CUAAUUAGAUCGCUAUUCGUGGCCUUUUGAUGCGUAAAGAUGCUUUAGGGUGACCGGUUAAUUGACACCCACUCUAAUUUUCUUGGCUAAAAAAACAAAAAAAAACCUAAAAAUUAUAAGAAAAAAAUACUAAAAACCUUGUCCUAAAUCUGAAAUAAAGAAAAAUUAAAAUGGAAAGAACAGACCAAAUCGCUGUUGCAAGUGUGCGUCAUUCCACACCAACACCCCCAUUUCAUCUCUCCUCCCUCCCCCUUCUCUCUCCUGAAAAUUCUUUCCAAACCCUAACAAUGGCGACCACUGUAGAAGGCGAAGAUAGAGUUCUUGCCACUGCUCAACACAUAGUCAAGUCUCUUCGUACAUCCAAAGACGUCACUGAUGACAUGCUUCUCAUCCUUUCUACCUUCGACAAUCGCCUCUCCAACAUUUCUGACCUCGUUUCCGCUCCCACCUCCAACAUCAAUUCUCUCUCUUCCUCCGAACUCUCCCGCCUCGAUUUCGCCGAAAAACUUAUCCUCCGACACGAUAGCAACAACAAUCACUUCAUUGAUUCCCCCGACGAGUCCUGCGAAUUCCUCGCUGCUAUCGACGACGUUCUCGAUUUGAUCGCCGAUCUUAAACUCCAGCAAAACCCUACCUUCAUCGAUCGCGCUGAAUCCGCCGUUCAAUCCGCUAUGUCUAAGCUUGAAGACGAGCUACGCUCUCUUCUUGCGCGCAGCGCUGUUCCAAUUGACGCCGAUAGAUUGUACGGGUCUAUUCAUCGGGUUACUCUCUCUUUCGCUUCGCACGAUGGUGAUAUCAUCGACGGUGAUUUCGGAAACUUUAAUCAUCCUUAUCAUGAGAGAGGUGGUAGUUUAGCUGGUGAUGUAUCCGUUGAUUUAAUCUACCCUGACGUUGUGUCGGACUUGCGUGAGAUUGCCGAUCGUAUGAUUCGGGCCGGAUACGAGAAGGAGUGUUGCCAGGUUUAUAGUAGUGUAAGGAGAGAUGCACUUGAGGAAUGUUUGGCUAAUUUAGGUGUUGAGAGGUUGAGUAUUGAAGAUGUUCAGAGGAUUGAGUGGACUGCUUUGGAUGAGAAGAUGAAGAAGUGGGUUCAAGCUGUUAAGAUCUUUGUUAGGGUUCUUCUCACUGGGGAGAAGCGUCUUUGUGAAAUUAUUUUUGAUGGGGCUCAAUCUGAGUUGAUUAGGGAGGUUUGUUUCGUCGAGACGGCUAAAGGUUGUGUGUUGCAGCUCUUGAAUUUUGGUGAAGCUGUGGCCAUUGGCAAGAGAUCACCUGAGAAAUUGUUUCGAAUACUUGAUAUGUAUGAAGCUUUGGAUGAUACGCUGCGUUAUUUGAGGGCUUUGUUUUGUGAUGAUUCCGGGGAGUUUGUUUGUGCUGAGGCUAGAGGGGUUUUGGAUGGAUUGGGGGAGGCCGCGAGGGGGACCUUUAUUGAGUUUGAGAGCGCGGUUAAGGGUGAGGUUUCGAGGAAGCUAGUUCAAGGAGGGGAGAUUCAUCCGCUUGCUCGCUAUGUAAUGAAUUAUGUAAAAUUGCUGGUUGAUUAUAGUGCAACUUUGAAUAAGCUCUUGGAGUAUGAUGUAGUAGAAGGAGAAGGAGAAGGAGAAGGAGAAGCAGACAAUUCCCAGGGUAGGUCUGAUGGUGGUGAAGCGAGGGAAAUGUCUCCUCUUGGGAAACGAUUGACGUCGUUAAUAAGCUCUUUGGAAUCGAACCUUGAGGAGAAGGCGAAGUUCUAUGACGAUAGUGCAAUGCAGUAUAUUUUCCUUUUGAAUAAUAAACUUUAUAUAUUACAGAAGGUGAAAGAUUCUGAGCUUGGCAAGCUUUUGGGAGAUGAUUGGGUAAAGAGGCGUCGUGGGAUCAUUCGAAAAUACGCUACAAAUUACCUUAGAGCUUCUUGGAGCAAGGUCUUGGCUUGUUUGAGGGAUGAAGGAAUUGGGAGUGGAUCAAACAGUGCCUUCAAAAUAGCUCUUAAAGAGAGGUUUAAGAAUUUCAAUACUUGUUUUGAAGAUAUUUAUAGGACCCAGACUUCAUGGAAGGUCCCUGAUCCACAACUUCGGACUGAGCUCCGGAUAUCCAUAUCAGAGAAGGUUAUACCUGCAUACCGUUCGUUUCUGGGGAGGUUUGGUCCCCAACUAGAGAACACGAGACAUGCCGGAAAGUACAUUAAAUACACAGCUGAGGACUUAGACGGCUAUCUAGCUGAUUUGUUUGAAGGAACACCUGGUGUUCUCCACCAUAUGAGACGCAAAAGUUCAUAGAGCUCUCGCCUGUAUAGUAGGUAAUGCCCUUUUCUUUCACCAAAGGGCUUGUUGAAUUCCCUUUGUACCUGUUGGAUCAGGCUUCAUAACAUUUUUCUUUUUUUUUUUCUUUUUUUUGUUUCUGUUAAUGUUAUAAAACUAUGAUCACAGGUUUUUUCUUUUCCCAGUGGAAUAUGGCUGUUGUUCGAUAUAAUGUAAUCAUAUUGUAAAUUUGAUAUAGAUCUCUCAUGUUUGCUUUGUCA